AUGGCAUCAGUCACCGUCUACGACGCAGUCAUUCCCACUUUCACCAAGGGCCUCAAGACCUUUGAUCACAUCCUGACAAAGGCUGAGGAGCACGCCAAGGCCAACAACGUGGAUGUCAACACUUACCCAGAGGCUCGUCUUGUUGAGGACCAACUCCCCCUCACAUUCCAGGUCCAGAAUGCGACAAAGACUGUCAAGACAAAUAUCAGCCGUCUGACUGGUGUUGAGUUGGAGCCGUACGAGAACACGGAGAAGACUAUCGCGGAUCUCCACAAACGCAUCAAGGAUGCUCUGGACCUCCUGAGUAAGGUCGAUGCGGCGACUGUCAACGCCAAGGCUGACUCGCAAGUUGACUUGCCUAUCUUUGGUGGCAAGACGUUGAAGGUUACCGCGAAGGAGGCAGCUUUGAGCCAUGGAGUUCCAAACUUCUUCUUCCACUUGAAUGCAGGAUACGCAAUUUUGAGAUCCAAGGGUGUUCCGGUUGGAAAGGCCGACUACCUCGGCAGUUUUGUUGCUCAGUAA